AUGAGUCUGAUUCAAGAAGCUAGACUAAUAAAGACUGUGUCUGGCUUUGGAAAGUGUUAUGAAAUGCUUGUUAAUGAAUUCAUUAUGAAUAUCUCCAAGGAAUGUGACAACAAAAGGAGCAAGGAGUUUAGAAAAGUGUAUGUAAGAGGAAGAGAGAUUAUUGUUAAGCAAGUGAAGGAAUGUCCAAGGAAAGGGAAGCUAUCAGCAAGUUACUUGAGUGUGACGUAUGCAAUACUUCACAGAAUUGAAGUUGCUAAUUGGGUACCAAUAAAUCACAUUUCAAACAUUCCUACUAGAUUAGGUAAAUUCAUCUAUAUUUUAGGAACCAAGACAGAGUUUGACUUUGGAUCCUAUGUCUUUGAUCAAACAAUGAAGCAUGUUGCCUCCUUUGCUGUGAAGAUGCCAAUAGCCUUUCCCUCAUUAAUUUGUGGUGUCAUACUGAGUCAACACCCAAGUAUUUUGCUCAGUUCUUAUAGUGUGUGCAAAAGAGAUCCCCCUCUGUCAUUACAUUAUAGGAUUUUCACUGGGAAACAUGUUCCAGAUAUUGUCAUGACAUCUGACCAGAAAUCUUCCAGGCCUAUUAUAAGAACAUGCAUCCUUGCUGACCUAAAAGACACAUGCAAGACCUUGGAUGAAACUAUCAAAAUUUGUACUGAAAAGAAGAGCAGGCUUGAGAUCUUAAUAAAGGCCUUGUCUGAAGAAGAAGGGAAUUUGAAAGGUGAUGAAACAAGUGAAGAAUAUGCUAAUGAAGAAGGUACUGAUGCAAGUGAUGAUGAAGAAAAUACUAGUAGCGAUGGGGACUGA